UGACCUUUUCGAGUUUCUUUGUUAAUUUUUGUAGCCGGCUUAGCGUGCAACUCAGAGAUAUUCGCUAACACGUAAUUCAGGUACAGCAGAAACCCUUGAAAUGCAAAAAGCGAUGCAACUUUCCAGACUCGUUUUGGAGAACUAGGAAGCGGGUAUUGUUUAUUAACAGCGCUGGGAUCAGUUGAGAAUGGCCAUGCUCUUCUCUCUCUCAAACUUUAUAUCUGCAUCUCAAAAUUUGGAGGACACUAGUGACUAUCCUGCACAGUUAUGAGAAGACAUCCAGCAACCUAAAGCAGCCUGGAAGAGGAGUUCUCUAAUAAAACCAAAAAGCACAAAAUCCUUUAAGACAUCUAGAAUUUCAUAAGCUUUUGGCUAUCCUGGUCUUCAAAAGUUUAAAAAAAUGAACCGUUACACAAUCAUGAAGCAACUAGGUGAUGGCACCUAUGGCAGUGUGUUGAUGGGAAAGAGCAACGAGUCAGGAGAACUUGUGGCUAUCAAACGAAUGAAAAGAAAGUUCUAUUCAUGGGAUGAAUGCAUGAAUUUGAGAGAAGUCAAGUCUCUGAAGAAACUAAAUCACGCCAAUGUAAUAAAACUGAAAGAAGUCAUACGAGAAAAUGACCACCUUUACUUUGUGUUUGAAUACAUGAAGGAAAAUCUCUAUCAGUUAAUGAAGGACAGAAACAAGUUGUUCCCUGAGUCAGUCAUCAGAAACAUGAUGUAUCAGAUAUUACAAGGGCUAGCUUUUAUCCACAAACACGGAUUUUUUCAUAGAGACAUGAAGCCUGAAAACCUUCUUUGUAUUGGUCCAGAACUUGUAAAAAUAGCUGAUUUUGGUUUGGCUAGAGAGCUAAGAUCUCAGCCACCAUAUACAGAUUAUGUUUCUACCAGGUGGUACCGUGCUCCUGAAGUUUUGCUGAGAUCAUCUAUUUAUAGCUCACCUAUUGAUAUGUGGGCAGUAGGCAGCAUCAUGGCUGAACUAUACACACUAAGACCUCUUUUCCCAGGCACAAGUGAAGUAGAUGAAAUCUUCAAAAUUUGCCAAGUAUUAGGGACUCCAAAGAAGAGCGACUGGCCAGAAGGAUACCACCUUGCUUCUACUAUGAAUUUUCGUUUCCCACAGUGUGUCCCUAUAAGCCUAAAAACUCUUAUCCCAAAUGCAAGCAAUGAAGCCAUACAGCUUAUGACUGAUAUGCUGAACUGGAAUCCAAAGAAGAGACCUACAGCAAGUCAGGCUCUGAAGUACCCUUACUUUCAAGUUGGCCAAAUGUUAGGACCUCCUCCACAAUAUCUGGAGAAGCAGACUCCUAUUAAGCCAGUGCAGCCAACAGAACCAAAGCCAACUUUACCCAAACUGGAAGCAGUAUCCAAGCCAGAACCUCUGUCUUCACCUGAUGUACCUGACCAGACGCAGCCACUGCCCCUCUCAAAGGUUAACCACCAGCCACUCCAGCAAAUUCAGUUACCUCAGAAUACAGCCAACCAGCAAGUACCAAAACAGCAGCAGCCACAGACACAACCAUUUUUUCCGACUAUCAAUAAAAACUUGUCACCAAAACAAGCAGCUAGUGGCCCUCAGAAUGGCACAGUAGGUCCUAAAAGCUGCAGGAGGCGAUGGGGUCAGACUUUGGUAAAGGCUAUGGAUAGCUGGGAUGACUUGGACAAUGCUGAAUAUGGAAUGUCAUGUUCAAAGAAACCUAGCAUUGCACUACUAAAAGAAAAGAAAAACAAGGAAUGUCUUUUUAGCAUUCCAGAACCAAAUGCUUCAUGCUGCAUCCAGCCAGGAGGGGAAAAUAAGGUUUUGAUGAGAAAUGAUUCUGGAAGAUUAAAUACAUCAGCAAAACAGUACUAUCUAAGACAAUCAAGAUAUCUACCUGGUGUAAACCCUAAGAGUGUCUCUUUAGUAGCAGUCAAUAAAGAAGGAUCUCAUGGAACGUGGAACAACCGGUUAUUUUCUAAACCACUGGCACAUUUUGGAGAAGGAAUGUCUUUCAACAGAAAUAAUACAGAAGAGAACUUAAUUAUACCAAUUGAAAAACUAUCAUGUAAAGAAAGGUUGAAUGAAAAGUUAGAUGAUCCAAAAGGAAAUCCUGACUUUGUAGGAGGUGCUGCUUACAACCCAUCAGGAGGAUACAUCCCUUCCUUUCAUAAAAAAGAAGUUGGAUCAGCUGGACAACGGAUACACCUAGCUCCUCUUGGUCCAUCUGUGUCAGACUAUUCCUGGAAAAACAAAGCUGCUCGUGCAUUACCAGGUCCUACUUACAAUUCAGCAGUAAAAACCAUGAAUAUUUUAAGUCGCACACCAACAAUUCAGCCAGUACAUGGAAGAACAGACUGGGUGGCCAAAUAUGGAGGACACAGAUAGAAGAUGCCAUCCUGUGCAGGUAUCAUGUGAGCUGUGUUCAGUUUUCCUGCACUGGAAACCUGAAAUGCCUAUUUGCUCCAACUUUUCUUAAGACCAUUCAAUAGUAAAGAAGGAAGAAAAGACCUUGGAUUCUGUUACCUGUGGAAGAAAAAUAAUUUACAAAAUAUUAACUGUCUAUGUAGUAGGAUGGCAUGAAGUAUUGUGUAACAUCUUGCCAAAUCUGAGUAUUUUAAACUAAUGAGAAGUUGAUUUCACUUGACACUUCCCUAUAGAUCCACUUCCUGUCAGAAUACUCUUACAAGAGCAUACUCUUAGUCCAAUGUCUACCACUGACAUACAUUGCUUUCACAUACACGAGCAGCUAGAAGCAGGGCUAAAUCUGAGCAGCACCAGGCUUCCAGAUGAAAUGCUUGUUCCUUGCUAGGGAGAUGAGAGUGAAAGUACAGAUUGGGCUUGGAAGAACACCACGGCAUCAUACAAGGAUUUCAGAACUCACCUAAGAGGUACUUAGGGUCUGUAACAUCUAAAUGUUUAUAGUAGCAGUGGCAACUCUGUGUAGUUGGAUAUAAGAUAUCCAAUGACAAAUACUAUACAAGGUCUGAAAACCUGACCCAAGGUGAUACAGCAAGACUGGAAAAUAGCUAAACUACUAUCAAAUGCUACACUUGUUGAGCUGUAGUGAAGCUUAAAAUUAGACUCUACUGUUAAAAGUAAAUUAUGACCGUUUUCAGUUGAAGAUCUGUGGAGAUUUACAUCUCCCGUCAAAAGUGUGUCACAGUGAUGUUUAAAGGAGCCUGAAUCACUGCAGUUUCAUCAGCUGUUUUAAUGUUGAAUUAGCCAAAAAGGCCUAAGUGAUCAGUAAACUCCUGUUUUUACAUGUUUUACAGACUUCCCCUUAUUUUAAAGAAGUUGAAUCAGGCUGUUCUUCAAAGAGGUUACUUUCUGCUGUAGCUCUUAAAGGCUAACUUAAGUCCCUGAAAACAUACACAAACUUUAAUAAUGCAAUACCUCAAUGUAUAUGUUCAUGCCAUACCUUCCCUGGCUUCUGUGGUAAGUUUUACAGUAACAUCCUGCAAAAGGCCUUGCAGUAUACAAUAAAUCUUUUUUAGGCUACUGUUAACAGUUGCAAUCAGAAUAGAUGCUUUGGACUUAGUAAUUAUAUAAACCCUGCCAUUUUUACGUGCAAAAUUAGUAUGUUCUUUAAAGAUGUACAGCUGUUAAUGAUUACUUUAGGCAUUGUAAAAAGAAAAGUAUUUGUAUGAUUUUUAUAACUACAUGUAAAAUUCCAAUUCCUAUUGCUGACCUAAUGUGCCAAAAUAUAUGGGCUACAUAACUUAAUGUAUGUCAAUUUAAUCUUAAGCUGUUGUACCAAAAAAUCAUAUGGUUUGUUAUAUAAACAGCACCUAAAGAAAACACUAAUACUGGAAGAAAUGUACAGGGAUAGGAAUAUCUAGUUAGUAACACACUAGAAACUUUAAUUCAUUUGCCAUGGGUCUACUCUCAAAUAUUUGUUAUUCCCUUACUAGUAGCAGGUCUUCGUAUGCUAUUUAAAUGUACCUUAAUUUAUCUGUAGAAGUUCUGUUUUAAAAAUGCACUGGUUUUACAAUUAAAAAAACAAUAGAAAUCCAUCACUCAUCUCUAGUACAAGAUGCCAGUGAGUUAGUUACAGUCACAGUGUAGGCAAGCAACUAUGUGGCUAUAGCUCACUAAUAUUACCUAGAACAGAAAAAAUGUAGUACUUGUUGCAUUAAAUAUGGCUCGAAGAAGCACACCAUCCUUACCAUAUACUAAUGGACAUAGAAACUAUUUUGACUUAACCACAAUGGUCUUGACUUGUCCAUAAUCAAAGCAUGACAAGCAUUAAUUUUUUCUUGCAACCUGUAGGAGACUAAUAAGGCUCUCUACAGUCAUGUUAACUCUGAUCCACUGACACACACUUUCAGUGCAGAAAUGCCAGCUAGUGCUUAAGAAGUUUAGUAUACACUCAAAGGUCCAAGGGGAUAAAAAGUACACAACUGUCAAACUCUGAUUCUCCCCUUGUUUGGCUUACUGUUUCUCCUGACUGGGAAGUGAAAGAGGUCCAGCAGCACUUCUCAAUUCAAGCUACUGCUUUCCAAAGCUCAUGAAACAGCUGCAAGGCAUAAACUCUUUGGUCUAAUUCCCUGCUUUUCAUUGCCUUGUUGUCCAUUAAAGGACAACUGCUGCCCAGACUUGCAAGUUAUCUGAUUUGAGACCAGCAUUAAACAAUUAACAAACUGCUGGAUCUCUGCCUGUGCUCAAGGCCAGCUGUAACCCAAGCUGCAUGGCCUGAGACUAGGCUGCUGGCAGCUGCGCUCUGUAGCAGCAGUGAUGAGGACCCUUGGCCCUUGGGGGAGCUGUGCUGCAGCUAUGCCCAUGCCCAGCCACGUUCCUACUGAUUGCAACCACACUGAUUUCCUGGCCUGCUUCAUUUCCUGGCCUCCCUGACCUUGCCUCCCUCAUUGCUGCAACCUGCUAAACAAAUCUCUGUACUUGUGGCAGACCCCAUACACUGCCCCUGGAUGCGCUCUCAUGACCUGCUCACGUAGAAUGGGGCUGUGCCAUCCACUGAGAGGUUGCUGCCCUGCCUGUUUUGCUGAAACUCUUGCCUCCCAGAUCACCUCCUCCAAUGGGAAGAGACUUCCCACUUCUGCUGCUCCCAUCCAUGUCCAGAACCUAAAAUUAUCUAACAAGAAAGGAAGGAGAAAGGGAAGAAAAAAAAAUACAUAAGUUGUCAUCCUCCUGCUGAGGUACUGGCUCAGUAUUUAGGGAACUCUGAACAAAUGAAGCCCUACAAGCUCUCUAAACUAACAGAUCAACUCCACCACUUCCAUUGCUCGCAGUACCAGCCACCAAAGAAGAGAGGUUGUGAACAUCAAGUUCAGGUCCUGCGCAGAAAGGGACAUAAAGCAGAUAGUACCAGGAAGGGAUAUAUUACCAUCCACGUGUAGCUCCCAGCUGCACAGCAAGUUUAUAUUUAGAAUGAUUUCAGGCAACAGAGUACUAGUGAGGGAAUCAUCUGAGCUCUUUAGUCUUUAAAUAAACUUUCACGGAGAGUUUUUCCAAUCUGAAAUAGAUGAUUUCUCUCAGAAAAAAAAAAAAAAUAGUAACGAAACACUUGUAUGAAUAUAUAAAGCAGAUGCUUUUUUCUUCUGGCUAUACCCCUCCUCCCCAACCAGUUCAGAAAACUUGAAAGUCCCUAUAUUCAGGGAAUGGAACAAGGAUAAUUUCUACAAUUCCAUUCACAAAUACAUCUAGAUACCCUACAGAAGAGGUACCAAAUUGCAUCAAUCCAGAUGAAUGAUUAAAGAAAACAGUCACAGAUAAUAUAAGUUUAUAAUCAUAUUUUUUUUGUUUAUUUAGAAUAACAUUUUAAUUCUCAUGAAAUGCAAGUGCUAUGACUACAAUUCAGCAUUAUCUAAUGAAGCACGUUUUUGAUUUCUCUUACCAAUGAUAGGCUGUAAAAGUGAAAUGAAUGACAUUAAGCAGGGCACUUUUCCUCAUGAAAAACUGUAAGUAAGGGGUUUACUUUCAUUGCAUCACAAUAGAAACUUGACAGCCUGCUCCACAAUUGUGUUUUGUGGGCCAAGGCUAACACCAGCCCUAGCAGAAAAAAGGCCCUGAAUGACAAACGUGAUGACCAGAUAAACUGGCAGGGAAGUGGGAGGGGAAAGGUGAGAACAAGCACAUUUGUUACAGGCAGUAAUAGCGACAUGUUGGCAACUUGUCUCCCAUUGUUUAAGAAGUACAAAGGAUUUCAGAUUUUAAAUCCAGAUGUAUAUUUAAGCUUCAUUCCUGUCAUCACGCAAAAGC